AUGUAUAAACUAACUGAGGAACAACGUUGGUACAUCAUCGUUGAGUGGAAAAAAGGGUCUUUAAAUGUCCCAAAAGUCGUACGCUCUUUCGAUUGUCAUCGUAGUGCAGUAUAUCGCGUUAUUGAUUAUUAUCGUCGACAUAAUGAUGUGAAUUAUACUGAUAGAUAUAAUGCUGGACGUCCACCUGCGCUCAAUCCAACACAAAUUGAACAACUUGAUCGAAUUAUACAACAAAACAGAUCAGCUACUGCCGCUGAAUUACUAUCAUUAACACACUUUAACACUACU